AUGGACAGGACAUCUCUGGGAAGUCUCCCGGACGAUCUCCUCCUCGACAUUGUCGAAUAUCUCGACACGGCCCGCGACGUCGCCCACCUGGCCGCGUCGACGAGGCGCACACGCAAUCUCGUCCAGCAGGAUGGCUGGCGCACGUUUGUCAAGACUCGAUUCCCCUCACUAGAUAUUCCCUUCAACAGUCAAACAACAUGGAACUCCGUCGCAGAUCGCGCCACCUAUCUGGACCGGUGCUGGGACAAGCGCGGCUUUUGGAUGAAUGUGCUGCACGAGAAGCCGCCGCCGCAGCAGAGGGGCCAGAGGGGGCAAAGAGGCCGGUUUCAACAAAGGUUGCCGCGGGGCCAGUCAGUCUCUUUCCAUGCCGUACUAGAUGCUCGGCUAUCUUCGAACUUGGAGGAUGAGGUAAUCGCGGCCGGAGUGGGAGAGAAUCUCAUGGUGCGAGUGAAGCCGCAGAACGGCAAACGUGCUGAUGUCUGGCACCAACUCCAGGGCCAGACGCAUGGCUACAAGGCCGGUAAUGGCGACGUGACUGCAGUUUCAGUCAUGGAGCGAGAUGGUCUUCCCAUCGUUGCCGUGGGAAGGGCAAACGGCGACAUCCAGGUCCUAUCGGCCGAGGACGACUUCGCCCAGUCGCUCCAGAACCUGACGCUGGGAGACGCACAAGAACCAACCCGCGCGGCCGAUCCUAUGAGGAGGUCUCCAGGACAACAAGCUGUGUCGUGGACCGAAUGGCAGCCCGAGUCAAAUCUGCUUGCGAGCUGCAAAGGCCCCUUCUUAGCCCUCCACAACCUCUCUGCCACCGAUGCCACCGGCUUAGACCCAGUGGCACACUACGACUUUUCACAAACGAGUGCCAGUGGCGAGGCGUCUCUCGUGCGAGGCGCCAAAUUCAUGAGCAAAGAUGUCAUCGCAUGUGCCCUGGGCGGUACCCGUGAGCCGCUGCGCUGGGGCAAGCUGACUCCAACCGGUCUGGAGUUUCUCAACGCUACGAGCAAUCUACAUGUCCUCGACGAGGCGGCCAAACUCACAGACAUUCGGAUCGGCGAGAAGACGGCCAUCCGCGCGAUCGAGCCUGUCAGGGGCGGAGGAAACGACAAUAUGCUGCUGAGUGCCUGGGACGAUGGCACAUACAGGCUCAUGGAUCUUCGCACGCCGUCGGCUCACGACGCCAUCUACCGCGAUAGCUUCCAACCGUACGAAGCAGGAAGUUCUCUGGUGGUCUACGGCACCGAGCGUUUCGUCGCGGGGAGCACGACGGCCCCUGACCUCCGUCUCUUCGACUUCCGGUACCCCAAGGCGUACAACCACACAACCGCCCUGCCAUGCUCCACCGAAUGGCCCUCGCCCAGCCAGCGCGACCCCCGCAGCGUGUGGACGCAGGAUUGGCGGCCGGACCGGUGGUCUCCGCAGUGCGACUUUCAGAAGGGAUCGCUGUGCGCCUGGCACGACCAUUCGAGGUGGGACUACUGGCGGCCGGAUGCAACGAUUCACAUCGGCAGUCCUACCUAUGACCGGAUCUACUGCCUCAGAAAGACGUCGGACCUGUCAGACACCAUUUACUGCGGUGUCCGCGGUGCCAUUCUAGAGAUGAACCUGCGUCUCACCGAGGACGCCAGCUCUGCUCACCCGGAGCAGAGAGCCCCGGCUGGAUGGCGCAUGGGACCACCCGCGGGCAAGAUAUCUCUGAUUGAGACGGGAGACAACCUGAUCCAGGCCCGGGAAUGGGCCCUCCAGAACCGAGGCGUUCCCGAGUUGAUUAUGCAACAGCCCAAACCGCAGAGCUACGCCAGCUCGGCGGAGCAGGCUCGGCGGAAUCGACUCGAUUCGGCGUUUCACAGACCCCAGGAUUUCUACUAA